AUGGCAUCAAGAGGAAGUGGCUCAGGUGAGCUUGCAGGCUUAUCAACUCCACCCCAACUUGUGCCAGACAGCACGUCUGCCAUCGAAGAUGAUCCUUCAGACUUGCUUGGACGGUUACAUCUAGCUAUCCCCGACCUUGAGCUCCUGCUACGGAGAUAUAAGGAGACUCACGGUGAACUCAAUCUGCGAGAGGCUCUUGUUCGUAAGAAGGAAGCUGAGACUCUCGAAAUCAUCAAGCGAAAGGAAGAACAUAUCGAUCGGUUGAUGAACCAGUUUCACGAUGCGGAGAAGAAGCAUUCGAAAGAAUAUAACAAACUUCGACUCCACAUUGGAAAUCUUGAAGAGAAUCUGAAAGACCUCGAGGAAAGACUGCAUAUCUCCGAGACAAAAAGACAGGAAGAAGCUGCCAUUAACAAAGAACUUACGGAGCAGAAGGCUGCACUGGUUCGUGAGAGAAUGGUGAUAGCAAAGGCUGCGGCAGAUGAAAGGGAUAAGAUAGUUGCGGAGUUUGAAGCUUCAAAGAAUGAUACAGAGAAGCAACUGGACGCAGCGCGCAUUCGGAUUGCGGAACUAACCACGCAGAAAGACGAGAUUGAAAGCAAGGCAAAUGCUGCAAAAGCCGAGUUUGAGAGCCAAACAAAUGCUUUAAAGGCUGAGAUUGAAGCGGAGGCAGAGAAAAUCAAAGCAGAACUUGAGGCGAAAGCUGCUGCUAGUCAAGAACUAGCGGACAAUGCGUUGAAGGAGCUUGAAUCAGUCAAGGCCGAACUUGCCGCCGAGAAAGCUGCAAAUAUUGACGGAUGGGCGGAAAAGACAGCCAAGCUUACGAGUGAAUUCGAGGCAGAGAAACAAGCCUUGAUAACCGCUCAUGAGGAGACCAUUGCUGCCUUGAAGAAGGCGCACAAGGACGACCUGAAUGAACAGACUAUAGCUUUUGUUGGCCUUCAGGAAAGUCUCAAUCUCAAGAUGACCACCGAGAACCAGAACCUUAUCGAGGAGAUCGCUAACCUUAAAAAAGCGUGGGAAGAAGACAAAGCAAAAUUUGAGAAAAUGAUUGAGGAACUCAAAGGAGUCGCGCAGGGUAUCGAGGAAGAAAAGGGUAGGCUCGAGAAGAUCGUUGACCAGUUCAAAGAGGAGACUGACGUGAAGUCGAAGGGUGAUUUGCAUUAUAUCGAAGCAUUCAGGCAAUUAUUGGAUCUUAUUUUCGGGCUUUCUUCCUCCCACUUCGAUCGCCCUCCCCGAGACUUGUCACCGGAUCUUCUUUCUACUGUCCCCGCACAUUUGCCCUCACUUAUCGAGGACACAGAUGAGAGCCGCCAGGCACGCUCUGCUUUCAUUGCGCAUAUUAUCUCAUCAAAACUAGUGGAGCGCGUUUUCACUCCCUUCCUUUUUGGACUAGGUCGACGUCAGGAAGAGACAGAACAAUUGCUGGACAUUAUCAGUGGUAAGCUCCGCACGAAAAGCUCGCGGAACGAGUCAACAUGGCGACAGCACACGCUACUCGCGGCUUAUACCACGACACAUGCUAAACUGCAAAUGAAUAAGGAGGCCGGCAGGGUGAUAGACGAUAUUAUCGCGGCGAUUCUGCCUUUCGCCAUCGACACAGAGACUACGGUGACAGCGGUGCGAGCAGGUGUUCGCAAAAUUGUAAAGUUAGCCGUUGAGACAUGGAGAUAUGCUAGGCUAGAGAGGGAAAUGAUUGAAGCAAUCCUACCACCUGUUGACGAGGGUGAGAAUGCAGAAGGGGAAGAAGGAAGUUGGCUACCGUAUGGCAGUCAAGAGUGUGAAGAUGGCAAAGAUAAGACGCCCCGAGGGCGGAUCUUGCUGAGGGUGUUUCCGGUCAUUCGUCGCGAAAAAGUCCAGGAAGGAUUUCGGUUAACUGAAAAGGACUUCAAUGAUCAGGGCUGUAUAUACAGUAGAGGGUGGGCUUUGUAUGCCGCCUAG